UAUGCCAGAGGUAUUUCUCCCUUGGUCCAGGCCAUUCAGAAGAUUCAGAUACAUCCAGCCCAGCUGACCUCAAUUCAUGCCAAUUUAUGUCAGCUGUGUCUACUUUCCAAAAAUUUGAAACCAGCCUUGAGGUUCCUGGAUAUCGAUGUGACCGAAAUUAGUCGAGAGGGUGUUCGUUUCGAUGCCAAAGACUUUCUUCUCUACUACUACUACGGUGGCAUGAUUUAUACAGCACUGAAAAAUUAUGACAAGGCCCUGUACUUUUUUGAAAUUGCUGUGACAACUCCAAGUGUUGCCGUCAGCCACAUUAUGUUGGAAGCCUACAAGAAGUUCAUCUUGGUCUCCCUGAUAUUGCAUGGAAAGAUCAUUUCUCUUCCGAAGUACACAGCACAAGUUCUUCAGAGAUAUAUCAAACCAUUGUGCCAGCCAUACAUGGAUGUAGCAAACACUUACACACAGAACAAUUCUGCAGACUUGCGGGUAAUAGUGGCCAAGCAUACCGAAGUAUUCAACAGAGACAACAACAUGGGCCUGGUGAAACAGUGCACGACUUCUCUUAUAAAAAAGAACAUUCAAAGACUGACAAAGACAUUUCUCACCCUGUCUCUGACUGACAUGGCCAAUAGAGUACAACUGGCUGGACCCAGAGAAGCAGAAAAAUAUGUUCUUCAAAUGAUUGAGGACAGGGAAAUCUUCGCUACAAUUAACCAAAAGGAUGGCAUGGUCAGAUUUCAUGACAACCCAGAGAAGUACAACAGUCCAAAUAUGCUCUUGGAACUCGAUAAGGAGAUGCAGCUGUGCAUACAGCUGGACAAUCAGUUGAGGGAGAUGGAUCGGGAGAUUGCUGUCAACCCACAAUAUGUUCAGAAGAGCUCCGGAAUCCAUGAGGAUGAUCUGCCAGGCACCUCAAGCAGCAAAAUUCAGGCAUAUUAA